AUGGUUUUCAUCCUUACUUUAGAGCAAGCUUAAAUAUCAAUAAAAAUUGAUAAACCAAGUUAUUUUCCAGGCGAUAUAAUAAAAGGAGUGAUAUAUAUAAAAGUAAAGACGAAAGAUAUAAAUGCAGGUAUUAUCUACCUGAAAGUAAAAAUAUCUGAUAUUUAUAUUAGCUUUGUGGCUAAGAAAAAGUUAACCAAUUAGAUUAAUAUAAUCAAUUUUUCAGUUUCAAAUAGUUCAUUUAUAAAAAAUAAAAGAAAAUAGCAGAUUUUGGAAAGUAUUGUAGAAUUAAACAAUAGAAAAAUGCCAAUAAUAGCCUGUAGGAAAUAUUUUGAGAUUGAAGUUCCAAAUCUUACACCUAGUUUUACAAUAAACUAUUAUAAAUAGGUGCAGUGUAGAAUCUUAUAUUUUCUCUCAGUUACUAUAUAAAGUGAAGAUGAGAAAUAUUUAUAUAAACCUCCAAAAAAGCAUAGAGUAGUAGUUCAUCUACUUUAAAGAGCUUAAUUAUAACCUGCUUUAUCAAUGGAACAUACAGGAGAAUCAAAAAUAGUAAAAAGAUGUUGCUUUCAGAGUGGGGUAACAUUGAAUUUUAAAUCAUAGGGUACAAAAGUUAAAAUAUAACUAAAUAAGCCAUGUUAUGUUUUUGGAGAAAACAUUAAUCUGGUUAUUCAAGUUGAUAAUAGUUAAUCAAGUUAUUCAAUUCAAAAAUUCAAAUUCUAAGUUUCUGCUCAAUUACUAAUUUUAUAUAAAUAGUAAAAACGUAAAUUAUCAAAUUAUUUUGAUUUAUUUGAUUAAGAAUUAAAUUGUAAAAAAUAACUACAUAAUAAUAGAGUAGAUACAAGCUGGUGAAUAAAAGGAGGUAAAAACAACAUUGAGUUUACCUAAUGGAAAACCUACAAAAAGCACUUCUAUAUUUCCUUAAAGUUCUAUAAAAACCAAAAGAAUUAUAUUUUAAUAUAUGAUAACAUUAAAAGUUAUUUUUGGAAAAAGAUUAUUUAUGAGUUAAGAAGAUUUAAUAGUUCCUAUUCCAUUAAUAUUAAUUUAAUAAUAAAAAAGAGAGAAAGAUAAUAUAUUUUAAUCUAUGGAGAAUAUAAGUAUGAUUGGAUCUGUUGCUGAGACAAAUUAAAAAAUUAAUUUAAGUGUAAUAAAAAAGUUUAUUUAUGGAGAUCAUAAUUAUGCAGGUUAUGGUGAGUAAGAUGGUUAUUAAGGACCUGAUAGAAAAUAUUAUCCUGUUGAGAGUUUGGAUGAAGGUGCUUUAAAGGAUUAGAAAGGAGCAUUAGAAUAAUUGAUGUUUAAAUAAUAAUAUGAAAUAGAAGAUGAUAAUGAUGAUGAAGAUAAAUUAAUUGAAGAAAUUGAUGGAGUCAAUUUAAAUAAUGUUAGUAUAAAUAUUAAUCAAUCUGAAAAAUAAUAACAACCAAAAACUAUCUUUUAGUAAGGCAAUAAAAAUGAUAUUUAUUUACCUAACCAAAAUAUAGAAGAAGCUAAAUUAGAUAACGGUAUAUAAGAUUAACUAUAAACAAUUAAAGAAGAAUAAGACAGUAAAGGUACUUAAUAUAAUCUUAAUAAUGCACUCUCUUCAUCUUAUAUUAGAAAAAAUCAUCAAUAAGAAGAUAAUGAUGAAUAAUAAAAUGAAUAAUAAAAUAAAUAAUUUUAAUAAUAAUUUUAUCCAAUUGAACCUUAUGGCUCAUUUUAAAAAGUUAUUAUUAAAUAAGAAGAAAAUGAUAGUAUAAAAAUUAAUCCUGAAGAAAAAGAAAACAAAAAAAAACCAACUAUCUUAAAAUAAAACAGAUCACUUUCAAAUUCAAUUGAUCAGACAGAUUAAAAAGAAUAUAAAUAAAUUAAAGUCUAAUUUAAUGAUGCUACAUCAGUUGAUACCUUAGAUGGUAAAACUGGUGAAAGAUCGAGCACUUAAUGUAGAAAAAAUGAAAUCCAAUAAAAAUAAUUUUGA